CCCUGAAUUAUGGUUCCCAUCAUCCGCAGCGAGCAGCCCGUGAGAGCCCCUUUAGCAGCCGCGCCCUGCUAGGAACCCGGGCAGGCCUGGAGAAAAGGCGGCGCGGGGGUAACGCAGGGCGCCGCUGACCAUCAGGCGAAGAAAGAGGGCGGGCCGGGCAGACGGGCAUCGCUCCGGUCGGGCCGGCCGCGCCCUCCGGCACGCGGGCAGCCGCGAGACCCCUGGGGGCGAGUCGGCUACCACGGCGCGGGCCCUCCCCUCCCCGGAAGAAGAAACUACACUUCCCGAGGUGCCCCGCGGUUCGGCCGCCAGAUAUAAGGGGCCGCCCCGACACGCUGGCUCAGAGGGCGCGGAAGUCGGAGGUGGUGUUGCAGUUCUGAGAGCAUCGACUUCGCUUCUUGCCUGGCCAAGAUGUGCGACAAACCGGAUCUGUCGGAGGUGGAGAAGUUUGAUAAGAAGAAGCUGAAGAAAACGAACACGGAAGAGAAGAACACGCUCCCGUCCAAGGAGACCAUUGAACAGGAAAAAGAGAGUGCCAAGUCAUCAUAGACCACCGGCAUGAAGCUCUGAUGAUCUUUCUCAGUUGUUUCUCUAAAACAACAUAUAUAUAAACUUGCAUCUCAAGAAAUGCUGCAGCAACCCAUCCGCGGCUGCUACCUCUUUGGGCCUUUCCUCUCCUCCCCCCCCCCCCACCUUUCAGGGCUUGGCCAUGCCCUCUGCUUCCAUCACAGAAGAAAAAAUAAUUCACAGGAAAUUUCUGGGGCUUGCCCAGUAUGAUUCUCAUUGUUUGCCUUUCUUGACAGAUGGAAUGAUUUCAUCAGUUAAAUCCUAAUUAGUAAAAUUGUUUUUUGAUUGUUUUUGCAAGUUUGAUUUCCAAGAAACGGAAAGAAAAAUCUAUUAAAAUUUUUAAAAUGAAUAA